AGCGAUGAACGAGUUUGGAUUUUACCCGCCGCCAGUGUUCACCCCGCCGGCUCCCUUGCUGCGACCUCCGGUGUUCUCACCACCGCCUGCGCCGUUUUUUCAACAGCAGUGUCCCCCUGCCUGGGACGGGAGGGCGGCGGCUCUAAACCUCGGCCCACCCUGGGGUAUGGUCGCUGGGCACCGCCACACUUCCUGGCUCAACUCCGGCGGCGGCAGCCAGUUUCAGGGUAACCAUGGCCAGUUUUGCCAGAAGUGGCCGAACCAGCAAGCAUCAGCUCACUGGUCCCCAAACAUCAAUCAAUAUGACACCAGACAACAACAGCAGAAGAAAAAGAAAAAAAGGGACCCAAUAUUCACACACUUCUGUGAUACUUGUGAUCGAGGAUUCAAAAACGUGGAUAAGUACAACGAGCAUGUAUCACAACAUGUCCAAUGCAAAGUUCAAGGUUGCAGUUUCAAUGCCCAUGAGAAGCUGGUUCAGAUUCAUUGGAGAAAUGCACAUGGGCCAGGAGCACAAAGAAUUAAACUGGAUACUUCAGAAGAAAUUGCCAAAUGGCGUGAGGAGAGAAGGAGGAAUUUUCCAACUUUGGCAAAUAUGACAAGGAAGAGGAAGGCAAGUCAAGAAAAGGAACAACGAGGAGAGAUGUUGCAAACUCAGCAGUUUGGCAAAAUGAAGGGACGUUGGAAAAGGACUUGUAAUGGGAACAAAAGAGAUUUCUGUGGAAGGUUUAAUGACAGGAAUGGGGGCCAUUUCGGUGAAACGCACUUUGGUGAGCAGGAAGGCGCAAGUGCAAAGGGGGACACUGGCUGCAUGCAGCCUAAUGAGACUUGCAGUAAGCAACCAGAAAACAAGGAGCCAAAGAAAGGUGGUAAAAGAGAUGUGGACCCUCUCGGCAUGUUGGCACAACAUGACGCAGAGUCUGACAAGGACGAGAGCCGAGCUGGCGAUGAACAAGCAGCAAUCGUUGUUGUGCCAAGACUGAUAACGUCAGGCCUGAGCGCACUGAUGGGUAAUUACAGCUCAUCAGACAGUGGAAGUGACCAGGAGCCAGAGGAAAUCCCCGUCCGUAUGCCUAUCAAAGCUGUUGAAGAAAACGUUGCACUGGAAUCUGCACCACAAAAUGCAAAUGAGCAGGAAACGAAAAGGUGCAAAAGCAGCGUUGCAGAUUUGGAAUUGGGCGGUCAUUUCAAAUGCAAGGAUAACAGAAGAGGAAGAGGUAACGCACGAGAAAGACGGCCUUGCCGGCAGAAAUUAUCACCUUGGCCAACCCUGCUUGAAAUGUUGUUGGCCAGAGACAUUCGUCAUGAAAGAAAUGUAAUCCUGCAGUGUAUUCGGUAUAUUACACAGAAUAAAUUCUGGGACCUUGAACAAAAAGUAAAUGGGGCGAGUGUCAGGCCACAGUUGUCAAUAACAUCAAGUGAUGAGGAACCACAUACAAACGGAACUGUAGAAUGUAACACGACGUCCGGACCUGAGGCCUAUGCACCUGGACAUACUACGAGCCCGAAAGCUGAAAGGAUGGGCCCGGGCCCUUUGCUGUCACCAAGAAGCUCACAAUUGUUGUCCACAGCUGAGCUGCCAGAAGCGCCCCUGGUUACAUUGCCUACAGUAGAUGAUGACAUUUGGGAGACCCCGGAAGCCAUCUGUGAAGAAAGAUGAUAAAGAAAUCCUAAACUUGGGAAAAGGGCAAAGACUAUUGGUGAAAAUCUGAGGACUUCCGCAGCAGCAUCUUUGUUUUACAUGGAGAUUAGAAUUUGUUCAUAAUAAAUUAAACUGCUUAAAAUGUGAUUAUGACAUUUCAGGCAUUUUGAGCUGUUAUUUGUUCAGUUUUAAAUAUGAAUGUAGAAUAUCGGAAGUAAUUACUUGCAAUUUAAAUUACUAUUUCAGAUCUUAAGCGUUUUAUAUUAUUUACUCAUUUUGUAAAGACUUGCAUUUCUGAUUAUUUUCCUUUCUAAGUUAUUUCCAGUCCGCUUUCUGUUAAUUGUUCUGCAAAAUGAUUUCGAGAAUCAGGAACUUAAUGGAGUGCCAUAGUCAUAGAGCUAUAAGUCAGGAAACAGGCCCACCCAGAGUGGCUGAGGUUGUUGUAACUUUUACCCAACUAACCUGAGGCUGAUUGUAGAGUGAUUAACCCAUUUAUGCUGCCUGACCCGCUGAGUUACUCCAGCACUUUGCGUCUAUCUUUGGUCUCAACCACCAUCUGCCGUUCUGUGUUUCUACAUUUUGUCCAAACCCAUUUAGAGUUUGGGGCAAAAGGAAAAACCAUUUAAAAUAAAAUACAUCCAGUUUUGUUUCAUAAAACAAUCUAUCCUGCCUCAACCACCUCGCUGUUUUAAAUUUAGAAAUACUAAGGAAGUGUGAGUGGUUCCAGAAUUUAAUUCAGCAUUUCAAAAGCUUCCCUUUUACACAGUAGCUGGAAAUGCACCUCAUCAAAUGGUGCAGGGCUCUUGUAACAACGUACAGUAAAACACUGAUAAUCCAGUAUCUUUGGGCUCUGGCUGUACUAACACCAACAGAUUUUCCUGGUAAUUCAAUAUUACCCCUUUUAAUACCCAAACAUGCUUUUUAUUUUAUUUUAUACAGAUGACUCCAUAGUAAUCUUUACUUUGAACCCAGUGAGAUUAAAGGGGGCGAUAAAGAUAAAAGUUCAAUGGACACAAAAAGCUGGAGUAACUCAGCAGGACAGGUAGCAUCUCUGAUGAGAAGGAAUGGGUGAUGUUUCGGGUCAAAGUCACCAAUUCCUUCUCUCCAGAGAUGCUGCCUGUCCUGCUGAGUUACUCCAGCUAUUUGUGUCUAUCUUCGGUUUAAACCAGCAUCUGCAGUUCCUUCUCACACAAAGUUCAAUGGACUCCUGUGUAAUCAUACCCAUUCAUGACCCCAACCCAUGAUGGCAACCCCAUCCUGGAACUCAAGCUUGGGACUCCUCCUGCUCUAUUCUAGGAUGAUAUGCAAUUGGGUGCCAAACCAUCAAGAUUUCUAAGCUAUCGAAUGCUGGAUUUUUGCAGUUUUGCUGUAUUCCUGCCUCCACCAUCCCAAACCUUUGUUUGCUUUUGUCAGUUUGUUUACUGGGUGCAAGUUGCAACGAUUGGUUUGCCCAUCUGCCAUGCCUAUAACAUUUCUGCAUCCUCGAGUUUGCUGCUUCCAUUCAGCAUUGGUAAAACCUUGUAAUUUAUGUUGAUUUAUACAAAUAAAAUCAUGUUUUCCGAUAUUCACGAGAGGGUUAAAAAUGCCAUUAAUAUGCUUCAGAAGUAAACCAAGCUUAGGUUAAGCAACUUCAAGGAGCUUUUGAGUGGUAUGUCCCCUGCAUCUGGCACUGAUUUUAAGCUAAACACAGCACUGAUAAAUUGGUCUCGACUCUAAAAUGAAAGCUACAAAAUUAAACCUUGUUUAUCUUUUGAUGGUUUUAUGCAGUUUGGGCUGUAUUGAUUAUAAGCUGCAUCCAAUACAGACUGGAGAAAUUGAGGCUUACCAUUGUGAUUUGAAUAUUCUUUCAUCAUCUAAGUGUGUAAACAUGCUUAAUGAUGAAAGGCCUUCAAAUUGCUUACAGUCAUCAGGGAAAAUAUUCUAAUCAAUAUUAUUGCAAAAUAUUUCUAGCGUUGGGUUGGUUUUGUCAUCUGUUUUGAAUUUAUACUGUGUUUUGAAGUUUGACAUGUGGAGCCCUUCAGUAUUUCCAGCUGCCUUUUGUUGUGCAAUUGUGCUGCUUCCUGAUGAUAGAGCAGAGUUAACAGGUGUGACACCAACUGUGAUGUGGGGAAAAAGAUGGCAUUUAAGACCUUGGUCUGUAAUUGACUUGGUCCAAGGGAGGAUUAAAUGGCAAGGAGUGUGAAAAUGGUAAACCAAAGCCCAAAAAUGAUUCAAAUCUUAAUUCAAUAUCUCAAAGCUUUGUGAAAUACAACUAGGUUGUGACUGUAAUAAAUGAGGCUCCAAACUCUCUCAUUGCUUUGUUUGAAGCUGCAGAUAUCAUUACAACAGUUGUAGAACAUCUGUGUUCCUUACAGCAUCUUGGGUGUCAUUUAUCCUACAGUUGAGGAUGUAUUAAGUUUUUAUUGUCUCAUUUUAUAUCUUUGUAAGGGGUUUUGAGCCAACUAGACAAAUUGAAAUUCAUCAUGCUGUGUUUACUGACAAUACAAAGGCAAGAUGGUUUGUACCAAA